AUGCUUCACAGAACCUCAUCAUCACGUCGACGGCGCGCCUCCAGGAGUGCAGCCACUUCACCACAAGCAAGGUCACCGAGAGCAUCAGCACAACCUUCUCGAAGAGCCUCAUUAGCAGCUACAGAAACUGACGAAGAAAUGGAGCCAAUUCCACCUCCACAAAGAAGCCCGCGAGCAAGCCUUGCACCAGAUGUCGCAAUUGACUAUCAUCGAAGCCCACGUCAUUCUUUGGUUCCUGAGGUCAGAUCGGCCAGAAAUUCUAUUACACCAGAUACAGCUCUACAACCGAGAAAUACUCUGGGACCUUCUAGGAAUAACUUAGCCGUCGACAUGAACUAUGGAUCGAGACUAAGCUUAAAUCCUCAGGACUUUAACAGGAGUCCAAGAAACAGUAUUACUCCAGAUGCCACAGCUAGAAGCCCAAGACGAAGUUUGGUGCCAGAGGGUACGUCAUGGAAUCAACCUCGUAACUCUUUGGUGCCAGAUGUUGGUAGAAGUCCCCGGCACUCAGUAGCAAGUAUUCAAAUAGACCCAGCUCGAAGUCAAAAGGAUUUAGGUCCAAGUCCACGGACCAGUCCACGAGGCAGCAUAGGACCUGAAGCAGCACUUAAGAAAGAAAUUCAAGAAAUGAAUAGGAGUCCCAGGGGCUCAUUGAUUCCUGACUCCCAACGAAGUCCUCGAGGAAGUAUCGCGCCAUCAGAGAGGAGCGCGCGGGGAAGCUUAGUGACAGGUGAAGGCGAGGCGAGCAGGAUAAGCCCCAGGGGAAGCCUGACAUUAACGUUUCAAGAGCCUUUGGUGUCAAGAGAAAGACGAGCCAGCGAAGACAGUCAAACAGCAGGUACUCGUGGAAGAAGCGUAUCACCAUACAGAUCUUCAGUGGUUGGCAGACAGACAGGUACUGGAGCUCCAUCUGACCCUGGCUCACGACGGGCCUCUAGUUCAGUAAGUCAGGUGUCGGGUGACGAGCAGCGUCGUCUUUGCGGUGAGCAUGCCAAGUAUAGUGACAGGAGUGGCCUUGGCCUGGGUAUGGGCCUUACGACCUACGGGUCUGUGGCCUACCAGCUGAAAGAUGCCAAUAUGGAAGCCUCUGGAACUGUUGACUUCAUCUGUAGAGCUGCCAAGAUUAUGAAUAGGACUAUUCUCAUGACAGUGUUCCUCGUCUUCCUGUCGACGCUGCCUAUUUUAAUGGUCAUUAUGGGUGUCCAUUACAUUCGGGAUUGUCCAGCACAACCCCGGAUACCAGUAUACAUGAUAGUUGGUGGUAUUAUGGGAGGAGCUGGUAUCUGCUGGCUGCUGUUUGCUCAGCUGGUCAAUAGGAACUCCAACACAUCAGCUAGCGUCGUUGAGAAGAUACUCGCGUCUCUGCUCACGAUUUUCCUACUGGCUUGGUUUGCUUUUGGCAAUUACUGGACCCUCCAAAUCAUGUGGCCAGACUACGCCCCAACGCUGUUCGAGCCAAACCAGUGGUGUCAUAAGACAUUGUACGUGUUUUCGCUGACUCAACUGGGCGUGGUGUGGGGUCUGAUGGCCUUGGUUCUGCUGUUACUGCUAGCUCUCGCAGUUUGUCAGGUGUUCGGCUGCGGCUGGUUAGGGCCGCCAAGAUACAAGUAG